AGACUUGAGUAUAAGAGAACUGGCCAGUGCUAGUCCUAUUGAAGUAAGGGUAACUCCACAUCCACUUAAUUACAAAAAUAUGUCGUCCUCAACGGGGGGUUCAUCAUCCUCUUCUUCGUCCGGGGCUGUACUGGGUAAAACGAGCACAUCACCCACGUCGGGUUUGGUAGAUGGAGGCUCCAUCUUGCCUAGCUUCGCUACCUACUGGCUCGAAAUCGAUGCAGGACUAGUGCAUUUCUGCUUUGUUACGGAUUCGAGCGCUUAGUUAAAGUUGACUUUCAAACUGCAAUCACGAAAAUUAUAGAAGUACUACCGUCAGACUCAACAUCGGGUGAAAUAUCAUCCACUUGAGUUAACGAAAUAUAAGCAGAAUGUCUCUUCAGCUAUGUUGAUCUACUCCCCUCCUCCACCACCGUCUUGCUUCCCCCCUUUCAGACUGUAUCUUGAUCUACUCCCCUCCUCCACCACCGUCUUGCUUCCCCCCAGCCGCAGGACCAUUUCUAAGUUGCUCUGCGGAUGCAUGUGCGUCGUAUUGUCACGAGGAUCCGUCCAGGGUUUCAGUGCGCGCACACAGGGUCUACUUCUGCUAACGUAUCUCUGUAAUUGCGCUUUGAGGCAACUGUCAACCGCGUAUUGGUGGAUAUGGACGUGUGUGCUGGGACAGGGAUGCUUGUGUACUUAUAAGUACAACUAAUUAAUAAUAUUGUAUGAUUUAGGUUCUACUUAUAACUAAAAAUUGUAUUUGAUUUAUUAAUAUCGGUUCUAGUGCCCUUUUUAGUCGAACUCAUAUUUCGUCUUCAGAAGAUCGUUGAGUGACUGAGUGAAGAAACAAAUGACGAUAAAUGUAGCAGAUUUUUUGCGAGUGAUGAAUGAAUGAAUGAGGAUCUGACACAUAUUUCAUCUUCAGGCAUCCUCUUUUACCCCAACCUCCGGAAAUACGGUCUUGGCGACGCAACCGAAAGAACACUAGUAGCUUCGGCACUAGCGCUGUCGGUGAUGGUGGGACUAGUGCACUACGAAUAUGCAGAUGGAGCGGACAAGAUUCUUGACGGGUGGCUACCUGCAGAACUUAUGGAGGAAAGACAAAGACCAUAUUCAUAGUUGUUCGGAGGUCGUUCGUAACCCUAUUCGCAACAAAAGAUCAUAUUCAUAGUCGUAUCAAAUCUGCAUUUCGAAAGUAGUGUCAUCUGCAUCUUCCGCCUAUUAAAAGUCCUGUCAUAUUAAGUACACACGUACUGCCCUCCCUUGGUAUAAUUUUUCCAUUACGGUUUUCUCCUAGGCUUAAGUGGAGGCUACUCAAAAGAAAGUCCCCCUUUCAUAGUCCAUUACGGGUUACUCGGCGAUGGCUCUUUCCAAGAAAGAGGGAGGCGAGCAGUAGCAAGCGCAAAUCUGGAGUCUGCCUUGAGGUCGGUCGGACCUGGAACAGUGGCCUUUAUUUUAUGGCAGUUGAAAGAAGAUCCUGUUAUUAAUUGUUUCAUUUUUGAACUUGAUUGUUGGGUCGUAAUGUUCUUGUCAUUUUUGAACUUGAUUGUUGUCCUUACCAUGAGUUUACCUCUGUGUAAGUUUUGCUUCUAAUACGGCCAUUUAGGGUCGGCCUUGAAGUACAUGACCAUGACCAUCGUAAUAUGUUGAAUGUUUAAGCGGAAGCAUCUUUCUCUUUCAUUGUCACUACCACGAGGAAGAGUACAUGCAUGUAUUUUUUUAUAACGUUGGAAAUACAUCCAACUACCUUCUCCUUCUAAUACUUGUCGGUUUUAAGCGAGCCUUGGAGUCGCUCGCAUUGUUACCACAGUAUCGAGCCUGCUUCUUCUCCGCACUGGAUUGGAGAGUUUACAGGUGCUUGCUUCUGAUUCGCUCUUGUUAAGCUGCUAGGCAUAGACUGAAGAGGGUGCUGCACGCACUAGAUUUACUUGGUAGAAUACAGGCACUAUUCGUUUUGAUGAACUGGAAAAAAUACCCUUCCACAGUUGGACAGCAACGUUCGGAGCAUACGAGUUGUACCUGUCAGCCUUUUAUUUUGGCCGUUUUCACCUUCUCACGCUUGUCCAAGCCGCGUCGUUCUUCUAUUUUCUCUUAUGGUCUGACAACUUCUCGUGUUUUCUAGUGUGCUCUUAGUCGUGAGUCCUCCUGUUCUCUUCAACUCAAUCUUCAACUUAAAGAUUGAUAUCCUUACCAUGAAAGAAUUCUAUUUCUACCCCUGGAUAUCCUGACCAUUAUACGACCCGUUCACCACGUUGUGUAUUACACGACUGCUGGAUAACCCAAUACUCACAGCGCCUUGGCACCCGACUUUACAUCGAAGCAGAAGCGGAUGUAGUGGCUUGAAGAGUCAAAAGUAGUCAAUACUCAUACAUCAAGGGGAACAACUUUUAACUAUUAUUCACAAUAGAUUGAUAUCCUGACCAUGAAAGAAAGAAUAUUUCAGAUAUCAUAUGAAUGCUCAGUUUCAGAAUCCUGGCGUGCAAUGGUCUGGAUAUCAUGAAUUUCUACCCCUGGAUAUCCUGACCAUUACACGACCCGUUCACAACUGAACUGGGUAUCCCAUCAUCUAAUUCAAGCCAGCGGGGGCAUCCGGGUGUCAUUUUCUGCACCGCAAACGAAGGAGCUGCACACAAAAGCGUUAGAUCAUGCAGAGUUGUCAGAAAUACGGGGUCUCAUGGAGGAACCGAAUGCUGGAACAUACGAUGUGCUGUAAUCUUCAUCGAGGAAGCCGAUAUCACGAAUACAUACAUGACAUGCGUCUGGCACCGACCAGUAGGGGAUGCAGAGUCAAGCUUGUUCUCUGUGUGAAUGGACGUGUCAGUGACAUCUGGGAUCCCGUCUACUAGUUGUACUUAUUUUUUUGCAUAAUUGUGGUGAUGGAGAAAGACGAGCCAGUUUGUGGUGCUCUGCGAUGCUACCGCUGAAGGUUCAGCUUGCCGCCGACGCGUUUUGCCACACUUCAUUUACGUACCUUCAUAGAGGACACGACUACCCGAUCUCUCUUACGCUGUUGUCUAGGUAGAGCACCUAUAAAUGAAACGUCGCAACCCCACGAAGCUUCGAAGCUUCAAAAACUUUUUGCUGUUUGUUAAACGUUAAGAACGUACGCUGUAGGUAUACGCUCGUUAAUAGAGUAGAUUAAUAUUUCGUCCACAACAUCAAAGUCGC